CAACCUUAUCCAUUACUCAAAUUCUGCAACUACAUUUUUCUCCAUUGAUAAAACUCAAGCAUUUACAGAGAGCACAAGCAAUCCUUUCAUGGUAACAAUAUCACUCACAAUUCAUCUUUUUCUUUCUUCUUCUGCAAUUACUGUUUCAUUUAACAAACUCCUCUAAAGAGAGUGACGAAUGCCAGCAUGUUUCUGCUCCUUCAAUCCACCUUCAACCUCUAUCUCAACCUUUAUCUCAAAUCACCCUCACCUCUCCAUGCUCGACACCACCUGCCGCACGAUCACAGACCUCAAACAAAUCCACGCCCACCUCAUCAAAACCGGCCUAGCCAGAGACACCAUCGCCGCUAGCAGGCUCCUCGCCUUCUCCGCCGCCAGAGACCUCCACUACGCGCUCUCCAUCUUCCGCCGCAUCGAAAAGCCCAAUCAAUUCACCUGGAAUACAAUAAUCCGAGGCUUCUCCCGCAGCUCCGACCCCAAUUUUGCGAUUUCACUCUUCCUCGAGAUGCUCGAUUGCUCGGAGACUCUCCCCGAGCGCCGCACCUACCCUUCCGUUUUCACGGCGUACGCUCGGAUGGGGCGGGUCGGAGAGGGGGCUCAGCUUCACGGGAGGGUCGUGAAGGAAGGCUUGGAUUCGGAUCGCUUCAUUCGGAACUCAAUCAUUCACAUGUAUGCGAAUUGGGGGUUUCUUGAAAGUGCGUGGAAGGUGUUUGAUGAAAGUCUUGAGAGGGAUGUUGUGGCUUGGAACUCGAUGAUUAUGGGGCUUGCGAGGUGUGGGGAGAUUGAGGAAUCAUGGAGGUUGUUCUGCAAGAUUCCAUUGAGAAAUGAGAUAUCUUGGAACACUAUGAUUAGUGGCUUUGUUAGAAAUGGGAGAUGGAUUGAAGCAUUUGAUCUCUUCCAUGAAAUGCAAAGUGAAAAAGUUAGGCCUAAUGAGUUUACUCUGGUUAGUAUGUUGAAUGCUUGUGGGAAAUUGGGAGCUCUUGAGCAGGGGAGAUGGAUUCAUGACUACAUGGAAAGGAAUGGACUUGAGAUGAAUGUGAUUGUGGCUACUGCCAUUGUAGACAUGUAUUGCAAGUGCGGGGACGUUGAUUCCGCGCGAUUAGCGUUUGAAAACGCUCCGAGGAAAGGGCUUUCGUGUUGGAACUCGAUGAUGCUAGGUUUGGCCACGAACGGAUGUUACGAGGAAGUGUUUGAUAUGUUUAGUGAGCUCGAAUGUGGUAGUCUCCAGCCGGAUGGGGUGAGCUUCGUCGCUGUGCUGACGGCCUCGAGCCAUUCGUUGAGAGUGGACGAGGCGAGGAGGUACUUUAGGCUGUUGACAGAGGAGUACGGGAUGGAGGCGAAGAUCGAGCACUACGGCUGUAUGGUUGAUGCGCUGGGGAGGGCGGGGAUGGUGGAGGAGGCGGCCGAGUUUGUGGCGAGUAUGCCUAUGGAACCGGACGUUGUCGUGUGGGGUUCUCUGCUUGCAGCGUGCAGGAAUCACGGCGGGAGCGUUGAGGUCGCGGAGUGGGCUGCGGGGAACUUGAGGCUGUUGGAUGGGACGGAGACGAGCGCGCACGUGCUGAUGUCGAAUGUCUAUGCGGGGUCGGGUGAUUUUGAGAAGGCGGUCGAGGAAAGGAGGGAGAUGGAGAGGAAGGAGAUGGAGAAGGAACCUGGUUGUAGUUUGAUUGAAGUGAAUGGGGAGGUUCAUGAGUUUGUUGCUGGUGGGAAUUGGCAUUGUCUGAUGUAGAUGAGGAUUUAAUGAUUUGUGUUGUGUGUUCAAUAAUUAAGUUUUUUUUUUGUGGUAACAUGAAAUUGAGAAAGACAAAAAUGUUUGGAUUUGGAAUUGAAUUCUAAUUCUACACAUCCUCAGAAAUGCAACAUGGAAUGAUGAAGAGGAGGUUCUUUUCUACAUAGAAGGCAAAUAUACAUGAUAAUGGUGUGGCAGAAAUCUCUCUCAACUGAUUAAAAAAGAGAGAGAGAUGAAGAGCUAUAGGCAUCCACUUGGGAUUUGAAUUCCAGAAGAAGAGCCCAAAGCAUUCACACACACAGCCCUGCUCUUCCCUCUCGGGCCUCUGUACGGCAAGUUAAUGUCGAUAAGCUUCACGUUCCUGCAAGGCCGAGCUCUGCUGCAAUGCAACUUCACCGCGACUUCCGAGCUCGACGUGCCCCUUAUGUUCUUAAACACCACGUCCCGUAUCUCCACGUUCGACUGAGCCUGCAGACACAUUUUCAAACAAACGAGGUAUGGUCAGGUAGACAGGACUUAAGAAUCCAGACAUAUUUUCAAAUAAACGAGGUAUGGUGAAUGUACCUCUAAGCAGUUGCCAGAGGGGCAGUAGACUUGGUCGAUCAGGAUGGGGUUGGCGACGGCGAUCAUGUCGAUGUCCCGGAAGGUGAUGUUGGAGGCGGAGGUGGCGUCGGAGGGGGCCCACGUCUUGAUGCGGACGCCGUUGUCGGUGGAGACGAAGGUGGUAUCGCGGACGGUGAUGUCGGUGACGGGCUCCUCGGCGUGGCUGCGGCCGAGGCUGCCGAUGCUGAUGCCGUGGCCGGGGCCGCAGCGGACGCUGGCGACCUCGAUGCCGCGGCUGCCCGAGACCAUGCUGACGCAGUCGUCCCCGGUGCGGAUGGUGGAGUUGAGGAUGCGGAUGCCGGCCGAGGAGCCGAUGUGGAUGCCGUCCGUGUUGGGGCUAUCGGCCGGGGCGUUGAUCCGGACGUUGCUGAUGGUGAUGUUGUGGCACGCGAAGAUGUUCAUGUGUGUGUUUUUACUAUCGAUGGAUCGAAUGUGGUGGAUCCAUGAGUUUCUCACAAAAUCAAGCCUCAAUGACUGCAAAAAUUAUGUGAAUAAAUUCCAUUUUAGUACCAAAAUCUCAUCCAAUUUGAUCCAACUGAUGUAACAAAUUCUAAAUUCUUCACAAAAAAUAGAAAGUUAAGAGAAUACUAA